GUUCUGUGCGUUACGGAGUAUAGCACAGAACGUAUGUCUAAACAUAACGCACCGCACAAAACAGUAUGUGCGGUUCGUUCAUGCGUGUGGUUGUCACGUGAGUGAUGGUCACUCAGGUGGACAUAGGCGGGAAUUUGCACGGGGUGUGCAUUGUUUGGUCAGUUCUACGCUAGACUUCGAUCAGUAAACUUGUAUGCGUGUACAAAUCACACGUCGUGUUCAACAAUGGAGACAAGCGAGUCGUCAGGCAUGAAGGGCUACAUAGAAGAGAGAAUAAAGGAUGCAGUGAAAUCCAACAACGACGCGUUAUUGAGCAGCAUUAGCGGCAUGAUAAAUAAGAUAAGUGGAAAAUCACAAUGUUCGUUUUUAGACGUUCCAAAGUUUAAACGAAAAAGUAAUGAAGAGCAGUACAAAAACAAUGCCAAAAUCUUGGAAAACAUUGAUAUUGCAAGCACAGCAAUUGAUUCAAACAACACUCAGUCCGCAAAAGAAGCUUUAAUCGAAGCGGAAAAGGCUCUACGCCAGAGACAAAAACUCAUCUUGAUGGCAGACACGUCAGAGCUAGGCUGGCGUGUUGUAAAUGAGUAUACUACUAAUCCCAUCGCCAGUGACAGCGAGGAUGAAAAACGCAUCCAAAAGGCGGAGGCGCGCGCUAUCCGUAAAGCGAAAUCUGACAAGGGGAAGAAGCCGCUUCGAAACUGGCCAUAUCGCCGUCCGGAAGGGUCGACUGUUCAUGGGGCGUCUGCGCAGACGGGUUUCGUUAGGUCUCGGACAGGCUUGUGCUUCAUGUGUGGUAAACCGGGCCACUGGAAAAACGAAUGUCCGCAGCCCGUUGCAACGAAUAACAAGAUAAGUACCUUAUCAUAUUGUGCAGAAUUAGAAUGUAUAAAUAUAUCAAAGGACGUUCAUAUAGCAACCGGAAGUUUGCAAGGUGAGUCAGAAUUGGUGCAUGAUAGUUAGCACAAUAUAUUUCCUAGUUUUUCUGACGAGAGAGCAUUACCAGUAGGGCGUUUAAGAAAUUGUAUUCAAAGGUGGGAAGAAAUAACAGACGAUGUUUAUAUCUUAAACGUUAUACGUUUCGGCUACAAAUUGCCCUUCAAGGUUAUUCCGGAACAGGUAUUCCUUAAAAAUAAUAAGUCAGCACGUGAAAAUCCCGAUUUUGUGAGUAAAGAGAUAAACAGUUUGCUUAAAAAAGGUGUAAUUUCUGAGGUUUGUGAACAACCUCAUGUUGUGAAUCCUUUAACGGUUGCCUAUAAUCGUAGCGGAAAACCUAGGCUUGUUUUGGAUUGUCGGCACAUAAAUCCAUGUUUACAUCUGUUCAAAAUAAAAUUCGAUGACAUAAAUAUUGCACAAAACCUUUUUGAUAAAGGUACUUUAAUGUUCACGUUUGAUUUGAAAGGAGCUUAUCACCACAUAGAUAUUUUUGCAGAACAUACAACUUAUUUAGGGUUCAGUUGGAUUGUUGACGGUGACGUUAAAUAUUACGUCUAUAAUUCUUUAGCGUUUGGAAUUAGUUCGGCGGGACACAUAUUCACAAAGGUUCUCAGAGUUUUGAUUAGACACUGGAGGUCCCUCGGUUUUAAAGUUAUAAUGUUUUUAGACGACGGUAUAGGAGGAGAUAAUUAUUUCGAUAAAGCUUUGCAGACUAGUUAUUAUGUAAAGCAGACUUUGCUAGAUACAGGUUUUUUGUUGGCAGAAGAAAAAUGCAUUUGGAAACCUAAUUUGCAUGCCAUUUGGCUCGGGCAUAAGUUAGACUUUUGUCUAGAUCGGCUAUAUAUUACAGAAGAAAGAAUUUGUAGGCUGGAAAUCGCCAUUAAGUCCGCGUUGUUUCAGUCGUUGAAAGACGAUAGUUGCUUAUAACACGUGCGUGUAUUAGCCGGCGUUGUAGGACAAAUAGUAUCAUUAAAAAGCGUACUAGGGAGUGUUGUAUGCCGUAUGACAAGGUAUAUGUACAAGUGUAUUUUAUCUCGAGCCAGUUGGAAGGCUCGUGUUAUGGUUAGUUUAGAAGCGGCAAAGGAGCUUCAGUUUUGGUUAGACAAUGUUAGAAGCUUAAAUUCAGACGGUAAAAGUUUAUCACAAGAAAAAGCAGUUGAUGUAUGUGUUUUCACAGACGCAAGUUCUGUUGGGUACGGAGGUUAUAUUUCUAGCAAUCGGGCAGAAAUUAUAUCUGGUGGCAGGAUUUCACCCAUAGAUUUGAUGUAUGCAGCUCCCGGACAGGAGCAUGUAAAUUCUUUUGUACCUGGAACUGAGUAUCUAGAUAUGAUUACUCUCGAGCAAGUAAAUGCAUUGACUCCCGGAAGUGAGUACGUGCACCUAGAUAAUAUCAGAGGUGAACAUGUUAAUAUGGUGGCUCCCGGAAGUGAGCACGUAAGCAAAGUUGCUCUCACAGAUAAGCUGGUAAACACAGUUGCUCCCGGAAGUGAGCGCAUGAGCAAAGUUGUUCUCAAUGGUGGACAGGUAAAUACAGUGAUUCCCGGAAGUGAACACUCGGGUAAAGUUACUCUCAGAGGUGAGAUGGUUUAUACAAUGGCUUCCGGAAGUGAACACAUAGUAACAGGCACACAGGUAUUCGGGUCACGGACAGAGCAAGAGUCAGUUGCUAGUUCUACUUGGAGAGAACUUGAAGCUGCUUAUAGAGUUAUUAAAAGUAACGUUGUAAUUCUACAAAACAAAAAUGUCAUGUUAUAUUCUGAUAAUAAGAACGUAUUGUAUAUUUUUCACAUCCGGCAGUAAUGUAGAUGAGUUACAUUGUAAAUGUUUAGAUGUUCACAGAGUUUGUAGUUUGUACAAUAUUAAUUUAUCUGUGAUAUGGAUACCGCGGAAAGAUAAUACUAUUGCUGAUCAGCUUAGUAGAUACCAAGAUUGCGACGUAUGGUCCAUUCAAGAAUCUAUAUUCUCUUUAUUAGACGUAAAAUGGGGUCCGCAUACGAUUGAUCGUUUUGCUACACAUUAUAACAACAAAUGUGCACGGUUUAAUUCGAAAUGGUGGGUACCUGGAACUGAGGCUGUGAACUGUUUCACCCAAAGUUGGUCAUGUUUCAACAAUUGGCUGGUUCCUCCACCUCAGGUCAUUGUUAAGUGUUUAAAGAAAAUGGAGCACGAUGAAUGUGUCGGUACUUUAGUUGUUCCCGAGUGGGAAUCCGCAGCUUUCUGGCCUUUGAUUACAGAUGGAAAGGGUGGAUAUAGCAAAAAUGUUAAAGAUGUGCACAUCUUACCACAAACUGGUGUAAUAAACCCAGGUAGAGGAAAUAACGGGUUGUUUGGUAAUGAGCAUUUACCAUUUAGAAUGUUAGCCUUGAGAUUUGACUGGCGGAAUACUAAGUAAGUAAAUCAGUAGUUUAACGAGUAAUUAAAUAGAAUCUGUGUAGGAUUUUCAUGUUUGCAUAUUGUUUGCAGAUGUUGGUUUAAAGGCUACUUUAAAGAGGAAGUUCGAUGAAGCGGGCGAGUACUUGGACGAUCAGGACAACGUAAUUACACGUAUGGCGGGACAUUUGUUGGACUCUAGAGCGGAAACAACAGUUUCUAAAUAUUCUUACCAUGUGAAAUUAGUCAAAACAUUUUGUGCCGAUAAACAAUUUUCAAUUCUACCGGCGCAUGCUAUUCACGUUGCUUUGUAUUUGUCAAAUUUAAUUGACGCCGGAAAAUCGGACAGCGUUGUUUCUGCAGCGUUCUAUGGUAUUAAGUGGUAUCACAACAUAAACGAUUUACAAGAUCCUACAGACAAUCAAAUAGUGAAGUCCAUGUUAGAGUGUGCAAAACGCGUCAACUCUAGACCCGUCACAAAGAAGGACAUCGUUGAUACAAAAUCACUAAUUAGAUUGUGUGACAUGUUUUCAGAUUCGAACGAUGUAAUUGUUCUUCGAGAUUUAUCCAUGAUAUUAUUGUCAUACGCAGGUUUUUUAAGAUUCGACGAAGUCAGUAGUCUAAGAUGCUGCGAUGUUUCGUUUUUUGAUGAUCAUAUUAAGCUUUUCAUUAGAAAGAGUAAAACUGAUAUUUAUAGGAAA